AUGUCAGCCAACCUCACAGAGGGCAGCGCCAAGUCCAAUGGGACUGGGCAGGCACUGAAUUCUCCUGUCCUUUGUACUGAAACAGUGACUUUCACUGCAGAGGUGGAAGGAGAGGAAUGGGGCUCCUUCUACUACUCCUUCAAGACUGAGCAGUUGAUAACUCUGUGGGUCCUCUUUGUUUUCACCAUUGUUGGAAAUGCCAUUGUGCUGUUCUCUACCUGGAGGAGGAAGAGGAAGUCAAGGAUGACCUUUUUUGUGACUCAGCUGGCCAUCACAGAAAAGCAGGCCAAGGUCCUCAUCACGAUUGCCUGGAGCCUCUCUUUCCUGUUCUCCAUUCCUACCCUUAUCAUAUUUGGGAAAAGGAAACUCUCCAACGGUGAAGUGCAGUGCUGGGCCCUGUGGCCUGACGACUCCUACUGGACCCCGUACAUGACCAUCGUGGCCUUCCUGGUGUAUUUCAUCCCCCUGACAAUCAUCAGUGUCAUCUAUGCCAUUGUGAUCAAAACUAUUUGGGUCAAAAGCAAAGCCUAUGAGACAGUGAUUUCCAACUGCUCAGAUGGAAAACUGUGCACCAGUUACAACCGAGGGCUCAUCUCAAAGGCAAAGGUCAAGGCCAUCAAGUAUAGUGUUGUCAUCAUUCUCGCCUUCAUCUGCUGUUGGAGUCCCUACUUCCUCUUUGACAUUUUGGACAAUUUCAGCCUCCUUCCAAACACUAAGGAGCGUUUCUACGCCUCUGUGAUCAUUCAGAACCUGCCUGCCUUGAACAGUGCCAUCAACCCCCUCAUCUACUGUGUUUUCAGCAACUCCAUAUGCUUCCCCUGCAGGGAGCAAAGAUCACGGGAUUCCAGAAUGACAUGUCGGGAGAGAACUGAGAAGCAUGAGAUGCAGGUUCUGUCCAAGCCAGAAUUCAUGUAGGUCAUGGGGCAGUGGUAGCACUGGGCUGAGCCCCAUCAACUCUCCUGGGUUCCCAUUAGCACCUUGGGCCUGUGUAUAAAGCUUGAGCCAACUUCUCUGCCCUGCACCUUUCAUCACUUGGGGGAUGCGCAAGGCAAACAUCCGAAAGAGUAUGUGUCACCUGCCUCAGCAAGUAUUGGCCAAUAGGAAGUUACAAACUACUCAUACCAGCCAGGAAAGAUACCCUUUCUUUCCCUACCAUUCCAAGCUGCCCUUCUCACUGGUCAGCACCAGAAUCAACGGACAGAGACAUUGCUGGCCCGGGGCCCAGGCUUGGGCA